AUGGCAUCUUCAGGGAGCAAGAGCCUGCAGUUCAACCCGGACAAGGACAUUCCGUCCCUCGAGGGAAAGGUUAUUCUUGGCACUGGCGGCAGCAGUGGCCUUGGCAAGCAGUCCAUUCUGGAGUUCUCCAAACACGGCCCCAAGGAGAUCUGGCUCGUGGCUCGCAGCAAGGCCAAGGCCCACGGAGCCAUCGACGACAUCAAAGCACAAGUUCCCAAUGCACCGCCCAUCAAGUUCCUUCCCAUGGAUCUGGGAUCCUUCGUCUCGAUCCGGGAGUCGGCCAAAACCUUCACGCAACAGUCUGAUCGUCUAGACAUUCUCCUCCUGAACGCAGGCAUCAUGUCGGUCCCAGCAGGAACAACCGACGACGGCUACGAGAUCCAGUUCGGCACCAACCACAUGGGACACGCCCUUCUCACCAAGCUUCUCCUUCCUACUCUCCUGACAACAGCUGCAGAACCCAAAUCAGACGUCCGCGUCACCGUCCUGGCCUCGUCCGCCCACCGGUACGCACCCGCUGAGGGCAUCUUAUUCGACACGCUAAAGAACCGGGCCGAGAGGCUGAGCACCAUCACCCGCUACGGACAGAGCAAGCUCGCUAACGCCCUUUACGCCAAAGAGCUAACCCAGCACUAUCCCCAGCUCACCAGCUCUUCCAUCCAGCCCGGCCUGGUCACUACCAACCUGGCCAACACCAUGAGCGACAGCAGCUGGAUUAUGCGCAUCGCGUGGAAAGUCGCCACGGCUUUCAUCGGUGUCGAUGUUCCGACCGGAACCCUCAACCAGCUGUGGGCUUCGACGUCCAAGGAAGUCGUGUCGGGGACGUACUAUGAGCCUAUCGGUAGGGCUGGCUUGGGCAAGCCGCAUACGAACGAUGAUGCUCUGGCUAAGAGGUUGUGGGACUGGACCGAGAAGGAGCUCAAGGAUGAGAGGAUUGAUAUGUAG